AUGUCGUCUCAAUCUUUAGUACGAAGUUAUGGAUUUAAUUGGUCAUCCUGUGGUUAUUGUAACGCUGAAGAAGCAACAUCACAUAAAUUUGGUAUUUCCGCUGAUACUUUGUUAUGUCAAGAUUAUCAAGCUCUGAUUGAUCGCGGUUGGCGGAGAUUAGAUGCAAUUAAAUUUCAACCUUCAAAAUCGCAACGGAAGUUGAUUAAUCGAUUCAAUCGAUUUAUUGAAGGAACAUAUGUACCUUCUAAUUCUACCAAUGAUGAAGAAGAUAAUGAUGAACUUCCAGAUUUUUUUGGAAGAAAUCAGCCGCGUACAACAAAAGCCAAAAAAUCCAAGCAACAAGUUGGGAAAGAUUAUGAUAUGAUAGAAUCAAUUCAUGAAGCUGAAAACAAAGAAAAUUAUAAGCAUAACUUUAAAAUUGUGCUUGAACCAUCAUCAUUUUCUCGUGAAAAAUAUCAAAUCUAUCGAAAAUAUCAAAUUGAAAUUCAUAAAGAUGAGGAAGAUGAAUUAUCUGAAAGUGGAUUUCGAAGGUUUCUUGUGAAGUCACCAUUAAAAUGUGAAUCAACCAAUAUUCCAGGAUAUAAAUAUGGAUCAUUUCAUCAAUGUUAUUAUUUGGACAACAAAUUAAUUGCAGUUGCAGUUCUUGAUAUUCUUCCUAAAUGUAUAUCAUCAGUUUACUUUUUUUAUGAACCGGAUUUUGGAUUUUUGCGACUUGGAACCUAUAGUGCUCUAAGGGAAAUAAUUAUGACUAAAGAAUAUUAUAAUGUAGGAUUGGAAGAAUUACGUUGGUAUUACAUGGGUUUUUAUAUUCAUACUUGCCCGAAGAUGAAAUAUAAAGCACAAUAUAAACCUUCUGAUCUUUUGGAUCCUGAGACAUACGAAUGGCAUCCAAUUGAACGCUGUAAAAGUCUUCUGGAUAAAUAUAAAUAUGUUUCCUUUGACAAUCCACCAGAUGAUAAUAAAGGAAAGGAAAAAUCCGAUGAUGAAAAUGUCAACUUACUUCCAGGGAUUUUUGACUCAAAGAAUGUAACUUCUGACGAAAUUGAAAAUAUUCCGAUAUCCAUUAAUGAAACCAUUGUUCAGUUUAAAUAUGUAGUUCCAUAUCUUGGAAAUAGUUCCGGGAUAAUUGAGCAUUUGAAAAAAUAUUAUACAGCUGUUGGACCGGAAUUAGCAAAGAAGAUGGUAUUCAUUUGUUAG